AUGGAGCCAUGGAUCCAUGGAUCCAUGGCCAUCACGCAGGUGGCUCUUCAGCGGAAGUCGGGGCCGAGGGUCGAUCCCCAGGUCACCAGGAAACCAGGGCCAAAGGAGGUUGCGCCCAAUAUGCACUUCCCUAAAGUCGGCAACAUCUACUUCAUUGCCGCCGUCGCUGUCAUUGGCGGCGGUCUCUUUGGCUUUGAUAUCUCGUCCAUGAGUGCCAUUAUCUCAACCCAGCCGUACCUGUGCCAGUUCAACCAGCGUGGUAUAGAUAAAAAUGGCAAAUGCCUAGGUCCCAGAGACGAUGUCCAGGGUGGCAUCACUGCUGCCAUGCCUGGUGGCUCGUGGCUCGGAGCUCUGGUCAGCGGUUUCCUCUCCGACAUUCUCGGCCGCAAGACCUCCAUCCAGAUCGGCUCCAUUAUUUGGAUCGUUGGCUCCAUCAUCACCUGUGCCUCAGUCAACAUCCCCAUGCUUGUCGUUGGCCGUAUUAUCAACGGCUUCAGCGUCGGUAUCUGCUCUGCUCAGGUCCCCGUCUACAUCUCUGAGGUGUCUCCCCCUUCAAAGCGUGGCCGAGUUGUUAGUCUGCAACAAUGGGCCAUUACCUGGGGCAUUCUCAUCAUGUUCUUUAUCUGCUACGGCUCUUCGUUUCUCAACGGCGAUACCGCCUUCCGUCUGCCGUGGGGCCUCCAGAUGAUCCCCGCCGCUCUCUUGUUCCUAGGUCUUCUCUUCCUCCCUGAGUCUCCUCGAUGGCUGGCGAAAAAGGACCGCUGGGAGGCCGCUCACAGCGUGCUUACCCUCGUCCAUGGUCGCGGCGACCCCAACUCGCCAUUUGUUGCCCGCGAGCUCGCAGAGAUCCGUGAAGUCGUCGAGUUUGAACGUGCCAACAGCGAUGUCACCUAUCUGGAGCUUCUACGUCCCAACAUGAUCAACCGUACUUCCAUCGGUCUUUUCACCCAAAUCUGGUCCCAGCUAACUGGCAUGAACGUCAUGAUGUACUACAUUACCUAUGUCUUCACGAUGGCAGGUCUCGGCGACGAUGUCCUGCUUCCCUCGGGUAUUCAAUUCGUCAUCAACGUCGUCAUGACAGUUCCCGCCCUGCUCUGGCUCGACAGAUGGGGCCGUCGCCCAACUCUCCUGGUUGGCGCGUUCCUUAUGUGCCUCUGGCUCUGCGUCAAUGCCGGCCUUUUUGCCGUCUACUCUGUGCCGCCAUACGAGGGCCAGUUCCAGUCCGAGUCCGAGUCCAUGAGCAUCACCGGCCCACCGGCGAAGGCCAUCAUUGCCUCCACUUACCUGUUCGUCGCAUCCUACGCCCCAACUUGGGGGCCCGUCUCGUGGACCUAUCCUCCAGAGCUGUACCCCCUGCGCCUCCGUGGCAAGGCUGUCGCUCUGUCCACAUCUGGUAACUGGGCCUUCAACUUUGCCCUGGCCUACUUCGUCCCUCCCGCCUUCGCCAACAUUACCUGGAAAACCUACCUCAUUUUCGCCGUCUUCUGCUUCGCCAUGUUCUGGCACGUAUUCUUCAUGUUCCCAGAGACCGCCAACAAGCCCCUCGAAAUUGUAGAUGAGAUCUUCGAUGACACGAAGCCAGGAGCCAUCAAGUACAUCGGAACCCCGGCCUGGAAGACACACAACGACCGCAGCAUUAUUCGCGCCGAGCGCAAUGAGAUCAGCUCCGAGGAGAAGCUGGGGGGUUUCGAGCACCACGACAACAAGCCGGAGACCCAGGUCUAA